AGAGCAACAGCAGAAGCUACGAAGACACGAGCAGCAGCAACAAUAAUAACAACAGCAGAUUUAGAAAUAAUCAAAUAUGGUUUCUUCGAGAAAAUUCAUUGUCUUGACCGGAGCCGCGCUGCUGCUGCUUCUGGUGGUUUCGCAAUCCCCCGUCGUCGAGGCAAACCCGAUCGGGAUCUGCAUUAGGAAUUGCGCGCAGUGCAAGAAGAUGUUCGGGCCCUACUUCGAGGGUCAACUCUGUGCCGAUGCCUGCGUCAAGUUCAAGGGAAAAAUCGUUCCCGACUGCGAGGACAUUGUCUCCAUCGCACCCUUCCUCACCAAAUUUGAAUGAUGAUAUACUUCGUGCCAUGAGAACCGCAACAAUGCAUUCCAAGCUAAUACUCAACA